CAUCAGGCAGGAGGGAGGAGAAGAGCAGGGAGCGAGGUCUCUCCAGCCACCCCAGCAGCCCCCCUGUGGCAGCAGGCCUCGGAGGACACCCUGGAGCAGAGCAUCGCGCCCUCCUGCCCGCUCUGACCCCACUCUCGUGGUGCUCCCCAGGGCAGAGCAGGGCAGCGGCACCUGCAGCCUGCCACAGCGGGGCCGUGUGGGCACGCCGGGCUCGCCGCCAGGGCCCGGGCUCAGCACGUUACCGGCCUCCAGGGCCCUGUUGUGACUCCGUUUGUGUUGCCAGGGAGGAGCCGUGAGAGUGCUCGGGAUGCUGCGUGCCGAGCUCCCGCCGGGCGGGUGACGGGCUGCCUCCCUCGGGGACCACGAGGGGGGAUGUCCCCGGCGCUCUCACCCAGAGCAAACCACAGCAGGAGAAGGGCUCGGGCACAGCAGCCGCCCCCCGAGGCCGCUGGAUGCUGCCCCCGCCACCCAGGCACCUCACAGCCCGGCACCGCAGGCUCCGGGUGGGUUUGGGGCCGGUGCUGUUUUGAUGCGAGGCUCCACGGAGGCAUUUAAACACCACCCGUGUGACAGCCCAGCUCUUAGUCACAGUCCCCGGAAACUCCAGUGAAACUCUGCCCUGGGGCAGCAGCAAGGGCUUGGUGAGCCUCUUUCCCAAGCACAUGGAAAUUUCCAUGGAAUUAGUGUACGGCUAAUUAUUACCAUCUGCCCUCUCUCAGACUGCAGCCACCCCGCCAGCUAGCUCCUGCGCAGCGCUCCUUGGGGUGCUGGAUGGGCUCGGGGUGCAGGGCGCCCCCAGCGCCAGCUCUGCUCUACCUGUGCACAGGUCCUGGCUCCCUCCCCCUUCUGCAAGGUGCCUGUGGGGCUUCUGCGGGCAUUGCCAGUCCCUGCCCUCGGGGAACAGCUUUCCUGGCAGAGUUUCAUGGUGUGAGCAGCACAGCCGUGAUGCUGCGUGUGACUACUCAGGGUCUCGUGGUGCUUUGCGCAGCUGGGAAGCCAGCCCCGCUCACGCAGCCGCGCUCGCCCCUCCAGAGCAGAGCUGUGCCGGGGCUCCUGGGGCUCCUCAGCAGGACCUUUCACUGCCUGGGGCUGGGGCUUGCAGAUCAUGGCACUGACCCUCGCUGUUGUCCCAAGGGCCUGGCAAAGCCCAAUUAAGCUUUGGCAAUGUUUAUCAGGUUGAGUGAGCUCUGGAGCGGGCGGUGUGAAAUAGCACUCUGUGCCACUUGGGUUCCUGGUGUCUGGAAACCAGUUUUCCCUCCUAGGGCGAUACAUAAUUGUCACCGUUUUGGUGCCUUCCCCCUCCUGGCUUUCCCUGAGAGCAUCUGACGGGAAAGCCUGCAGUUUCCCAGCGGCCUCUAUUUGUUUAUUGCUUGCGGGACCCCUGCCAAGGAGCACUGGGUGUGCAGAUGUAACCCAAACGGCCACGCAGCGCCCAGCUCCGUCGGGAGCCGAGCACGGAGCAGCAGCGCCGGUGCCAGCAGCACAGGCACGUUACCAGCUGUACAUCCCCUGCCUCGUUCAGCCCGUCCCGGCACCAGUGAUGCUCGUUUGCUAACGCACCUUGCCAUGGCCUUGGCUCCCUUGCCCAUGCUGAUCCCAGGCUGGUCUGGCGAGGAGUGAGCCUGCCGACAGCCGGUACGCGUUGGUUUGGGUCUGCUCCCUCAGUACAGGUCCCCGCUUUGGUAGGAUGGAUUUGUUGGGAAACGCCGGGUUCUUGCAGCUUGGCAGAGGCUCAGCAGUGCCUCACGGAAGCGUAUUUCUGAGAUAAAUCCUUGAAGCCUGCACGCCCUGCCCCAGCCCUGCUGCACACAGGUGCCGGCAGCCACCCCUGUGCGCCCUGCAGGGUGAGCAAAGGGCUCGGUGCGGCCACAAGCUGCAGCACCUGCAGCCACACGGGGAUUUUUACCUGGGCAAGGAAGGGCAGCGUUCUGAAUUGCCCUGCAUGGAAAUAGCUACAGGAAGUUCUGAAAGCAGAGGCACCAAAUUACAAGGCUGAGGCUUUGGGAAGGCUGCCAGAGCCCUGCCCUGUGCCCUCCUGGCCCCGCACACGGUGCUGCAGAGCCCGGGCAGCCUGGCACGGGCCGGCUCUGGCUUCGCUCGACCUGCAGGCGCACGCACACCGGCACAGCCUCUAUGUGGUGCUUGCUCUUUUAAAUGAAUGCAGAACAUAAGAGCAGCCAAAAGACUGUUCCAAGAUCUGCAUCUUAAGCCUGGGACUGAAAAGAACAGAAAAAAGGACGCCAUCUCUUCCCCUCCUUCACUGACCUGCCCCGAGCGGAGUCAGGGCGCUGGGUUUUGCGCUCCCCUUGCACGGAGCAGAGGCUGGCCCUUGCACCAGUGGCAGAGCUCGGACUCCGAAGGUAAUUUUGAGACCCCUGAAGCAGAAACGCCGGUCUGCUCGCCGCUAAAGGAGCUCUGCGAGCCGCCGCUGGGACCGCCGCAGCCUGAGGCCGGGACCCAAGGGCUCAGCGGGCACGCAGAGCUGGUCGGGGCCGCCUGCAGGGACAGCUCGCGGGGGCAGCACCCCGAAGAUGCAGCGCAGCCAGAGAUUGGAGCCCCUCCAGCCGAUGCGGAGACCGAAGGGGAAAGCGGCCCUGAAGACCCAUCGCUGACACGGCCGCCGGCUGGAGCCCAGCACCCGGCCACCCCCGGGACUGGGGCUGGCGCUGGCUGCGCCGCGGAGCCGGCCCCGGUGCCCCAUGCGGGCAGAGCCGCCCGCGAGCCGGUGAUGUCGGGAGGGGACCCGGCCGGUGGGGGCGCGGGGCUGGCGGAGCAGGAGGAUGACGGCUUGGCACAGGAGAGCUCGCCCGGUCGGGGCCAGCUCCGAAAGGGAAAACCACCUUCCCCGGGGAGGAAAGGAGAAGAAAGCACGGAGCCUGCUGGAGAGGAGCCCCCGGUGCCCCCAGCUUCCUACCACUUCGACCCUGAGCAGUACGACGAGAACAUGAGCCCCUUUGUGGCAGGGGGCUGCAAGCUGCAGAGCUCCCCUCCGACCCCCCGCCGCCUCCCAUUGCCAGUGAGUGAGCCGGGGGGGGACCUGGCCCCCCAGACCAAAGGGCAGGUCCCGAAAGCUGAGGUUGACAUCACGGAGGGUGGAGAAGGCACGGAGACACGAAGAGCCACGCCAAGGAAGGGCAGCAGGAUACCGGCCAGCAAGCUGACACCGAAGAGGCACCGGGAUCCCACGAGGAAGCCUGCUGAGGAUGCAGAAAGGUGUCCGCCGGAGCCACCCCUUCCCCAGGGCCCCCCCAGGGCAGCUGCUGCGCCGUGGGACAGCCCAGACCUCAACCCUUUCAGUGGCAGCUCAGCGCUGCAGCACUCGCCCACGCUCCCCAAAGGCUCUUACCAGUUCGACCCCGAUAACUUUGACUCCAUGGAUCCCUUUAAGCCCACCAAGACCCUCGCCAGCGCCACCGACUGCUGCCCCGCUGCCGACAACAGCCUGAACGAAAUCCUCGAGUCUCAGACGCUGGAGGUGCCGGAUGAGCUCGCGAAGGGCAGGGACUCCCCGAAGAAGCCCAAGUCGCGCCUGAUAACGAGCGGCUGCAAGGUGAAGAAGUACGAGACGCAGGCGCUGGUGCUGGACGUCUGCACCCAGGAUGAAGGAGCGUUGAUCUCAGAAAUCCCAGAUAUUGCAAAUCGGGAUGGACAUGCCACUGAUGAAGAGAAGCUGGCCUCCACCACCUCUGUGCAGAAACCAGCCGGGCUGGAGAAGAAGGGAGAGCCUGAAGAUGACCUGGAGUACUUUGAGUGCUCGAACGUCCCUGUGCCGGCGGCAAAGCACGGUGUGGAGGCAGGCUUUGAAAAGGAGCUCUCCAAGCAGAUGGACAAGGAUGGGCCUGGUGCCUUCCCCGGCAACCCCGGGCUGUGCUUGACGGACAAAUCCCCCGUGGCCAUCACCAGCGGGAACAGGAGCGAGAGCCCCCUGGAUGGCAUCUGCCUGAGCGCAUCCGAGAAGGCGGCCGUGCUCACGCUCAUCAGGGAGGAGGUGAGGCCAGGGAGCGGCCCCGUCCCACUGCCACGGUGGGGGGGCAGUGGGGCAGGCUCUGGGGUCGGGGGCGCACCCGGAGCAUGGCCCCAGAGUCUCGUGUCUGCUGCAUCCCAGAUAAUCACGAAGGAGAUUGAAGCAAACGAGUGGAAGAAGAAAUACGAAGAGAGCCGUCAGGAGGUCUUGGAGAUGAGGAAAAUCGUGGCUGAGUACGAGAAGACCAUUGCCCAGAUGAUAGAGGACGAGCAGAGGACAAACAUGACGUCUCAGAAGAACCUGCAGCAGCUCACCAUGGAAAAGGACCAGGCCCUGGCAGACCUGAACUCAGUGGAGAGGUCCCUGUCGGAUCUCUUCAGGAGAUACGAGAACCUGAAGGGCGUCCUCGAAGGCUUUAAGAAGAAUGAAGAAGCCUUGAAGAAGUGUGCCCAAGAUUAUUUAACCCGGGUCAAGCAAGAAGAGCAGCGGUAUCAGGCUCUGAAGGUCCACGCAGAAGAAAAAUUAGACAAAGCCAACGAGGAGAUCGCCCAGGUGCGCACAAAAGCCAAAGCAGAGAGCGCGGCGCUGCACGCCGGGCUGCGCAAGGAGCAGAUGAAGGUGGAGUCCCUGGAGAGAGCCCUGCAGCAGAAGAACCAGGAGAUUGAGGAGCUGACCAAGAUCUGCGACGAGCUGAUAGCGAAGCUGGGAAGGACAGACUGAGCUCACCGCCCCUCGUCCAGCACUCUGCACUUGGCCGCUUUCCUCGUACCUUCAAGCACUUUGCCUUAUUACCCAGGAGCCCCCCCCCAGCAGAGAAGCACACACGUGGCUGCCAGGCCCCGCAGGUCCCCGCUCACCCCAGGAUGGGAGCCCAGGGGCUGGGGGCUUUGCUCGGCCCCCACGGGCGUGCUGCUUCUGGGGGGUCCCUGUGGGAGCCGCCUCACAGCUGGGAGGUAGCAGCCCGGGCUGCCCCCCUCACCUGGGAGCAGGCCUGGUGGUGCCCCCCACAUGCUGUCAUUUGUUGUCUUCACAUGCUCAACAGCCUGGAUCCGGCCUCAUGGUAGCUCCUGCCCCGGGAUGUGUGUGGUGCUGGGUUCAGAGCCAUCGAGCCCUUGCACUGGGGAGGGGGACCUGGCACGUGGGGGGGGGGGGGCAGCAAAGGGGCCUCGGGGACCCCAGGCACCCACUGCAGCCCCUGGCUGAAGCAGGUUCUCAGUAGGGUGGUUUGGGGGAGGCAGCACUGUUCCAGGGGCUGAUCCUGGCUGCUGGCACGUUGGUGAACCACAGCACAGCACAUCCUGGUCCCUGGCCGUGCCAGCCCCUGGGGAAGGAUUCCUGCAUCGCUGCAUUCGUGCACUUUAUUAGGGUUGCACUCAGCUCUGUAUUGACUUCUCCCAGUUGGGCAUGGUCCUGCCACGCAUCCCCUUCCCUAGGCGCGGGUAUGGCCGCUCCAUCAGCAGUAACCUCAUCUCCAUGAGAGCCUGGCCAAGGUGGGUGCAGGAGGCUGCUGGAGCCGAGGGUUGUUUGGGAAAUGGGGCAGGUCGUGGCUCUGUGGAGCUGGGACCUGCCUGUGCACCCGCUGCCCUUCUGCCCUGGCACUUCCCGUGGUGUUAGCAUGGUUUUCUCACCUGCUUUAAAAUAUGCAGAGCCAGGCUUGUGCUGUUGGCUCCACGUGCCGUAGUGAGGUCAGUCCCCCACUUUUGAUGUUGCAGCAGGAAGGAAGCAAGCCCUAAACGCUGCACAGUUCUGCUGCGUUAGAGCUCCCUUUCCAAUCAGUACAGAAAGGUGAGGAGAAGUGCAGUCGUGCUCUGGGUCUUGCUGCUCUGAGAAACACCCUUGCAGCACUGAAUAUUAAGAGAAUCAAACAAAAGCUAGCCUUUACAAGAAAAGACAGAUCCAGACAGCAGUGAAAUACGCUUUGAAAUCUGUCUGGAUUCAAACCAAAAUCUGAAUGGCCGUGCAGGCAGGCUGCCUGCUGUAUUUCAGAGGUGUUUACAUCUCUGGGCAUGCCAAGCCCCAGGAGAACUGCUGAGGUUGGAGGGUCCUUCGCUCUCACCUUGCGCAGACAGCCCUGAAGUGUCAAACAGGGGAAGUAUUUGCUGUUGGGACUGUUUCCUACCUAGUCUAUCUAAAACCUUAGCAAACCUUUUUGCUGCUACCUUUUUGCAAAAGAAUUAAGCUGUUUUCCCUCUGUUUUCUAAUCCCUGUGUUGAGCAUGCAGUGCAAACAUCUGUUUAAAUCAGAGCCAUACACCUGAUAUAUAUUUUGUUAGUUAUAUUAUGUAUAGAGAGAAUUUAUUACACACUUAAGCAGACGAAGAAGUCGGCAGCCUGCCCUGGUAUGCGCAGGGUCCCCACCUGCUCCCUGAGCUCCCAGUUAGCCCAGUAAAGGGGCUGGAGCAAUGCGGUGAGGAAGCUGAUGGCUGAUGCUGUGUGCACCUGCAGCUCUGUGUUGAACAUUCACCUCUGCACAGCUGACAGAAAGGAAAAAUCCUACUUUUCCCUUUUUCUAUUCUUUUUUUUUCUCCUUUUUCUUUUGUUUGGGGAGUCAAAAAGCCAACCACAGCCCACUGGAGCACGACUCCCCUUCCCUCGGUUUCACCAGCACCUGGGUUGUUGCAGCCUAGCACCCUUCUCUUAUUCUCCCACGUGUCCGGCCCAAAGCAGCCUUCCCGGCCCCGGUGCGGGUGGCCCUUCCAUUAGCUGGUGGUUUCGCAUGUGGUGGUGGUGCAGCAAGGAGUGACGCUGUCAUGGGAUGUGCUGCGUGCAGAAGGCUCUGUAUAAUUAGAUUAAAACCCUUGAGACCCAUGGAGUUCCUAGGGAGGCGGGUUCCUCUCGGCAGCCUGAUCAGAAGCGGGAGGGAGCAGGCUGCCAGAGAGCGGAGUUGCACGGACUGUUGGAGCUUGCAAGAAGUUCACAGGGGGCUGGUUUCUGGUGUAGGACACAGGUGGGGUUCAGACAAGCUUGAGGUCCCAGCACGAGAUUUGUUCUGGUUUGUUGUUCUGGACCUCGGAGGUGGCAGGUAGCGACAGGAGGUUUGAUUUCAUCACCCCCAGCGCUUCCCCAGAACCACGACUUGCAUAUGAUGCAGUAAGUGCUCCAGUCUUCUCUCUCCUGCAAAAAGGGGCAAUCUGGGAGGCCAGGCUGUCUGGAGAGCUGCUCCCACGGCAAUAAUCUGACCUGGCAGCACCUUCCCACUCCUCUCCGCUCCCCGGUGUCUCGUGGUCGCACUUUCACUGCCUCUGUCACCUGAGUGCUGUUGCGUUUCUGUGCCUGUCAGCAUGCACUUACGAUCUGGGCAAAGAUUCCUAAGGAAUGAUUUAUUAACUAUAAUAUGGUUAUAGUUACGUAUAUAUAUAUAUAUAAUGGUUAUAGUUCUAUAUAAUAGAAGGCGUGCGUUUGCAACUUUAAAGGGGCGAGACUUGCACCUCGUGUGCUGCUCCCCACGAGGUGCCCGGCAGGAGCCGGCUGUGCUCAGCAGGAUGAGGAGCGCAGAGCUCACUGCGGUGCCCGGCCACGUCCUCGGGCGCACCACGGCACCGUGCCCCAUGUUGGAGCCCAGGAACGCAGCCGGCCCAGGGAACCUUUGCAGAUACCCAUGCGCCGAGAUUCCAGGGUGGCUGUGGUUGUCUUCUCUUCCUUGCGGUAGAAUUUCAAUAUCCCUUUCUGACAGCGGAGGGUGCCUGCCCGCGAGCCCUUAGUGUCGCUGUGUGCCAGUGUGCGUUCACCAGUAGAUCUUGUCUGCAAUAAAGUGCCAACGAGUGCCCACCCCCACUGCAAGCCUGCUUCCACCACAUCCUUCCAGCGUCCCCCCAGAGGCAGGAAGAUUUUCUUUGCGUGACUACUACCAGGAUUGCUUUGUACAACGUAUGUAACUGCCAUCAACAUAAAUUUUAUAUGUACAAUAAUUUCCCUUUUAUAUGUCAGGUAAAUAUUUGUAAGAGUUAUACUCACACAAAUGAGAUUAUUAUAAUGAUUACUAAUAUAUUUUUUCCAUGUUUCAUUGCCUGAAUAAAAAUUGUGUUUAUCACUCU